GGACACACUGUCCCUUGCCCUUUCCCUCCGUGGGCUGAAGCAGACUCCGCAGGAGCGAGGGUCGCGGAGCUGGGUGGCUGAGUCAGCGGAAAUGUCCUUCCCGGCGUGAAGUGUCGGGCUCGGCUGGCGCCUGCGGGAGCGGAGGUCUCCUUACUGGGCCCGUUUGCGUCCGUCGUGAACCCAGCUGUGGUGGAGCGAGAAGGAAUUUGGGAGCGCCAGGGUUUCCUCCGGACUUAACCCUUCGCUGUCAUUUUGGCGGCUGUUUUACUUCAGGGGAUUUCAGUUUCGACGUAGUUUUGGAUCCAGACUUGAAGAAUGAUUCGUGAAGGGAAUGGUUGACAGCGUCAUCACGGCAUUUUAUUGACCAUGGAUUCUUAUGAUGCACCAGAAUCGACUCCUAGACAGUGUGCAUCCUCAAGGCUUAAAGAUUACUUUAUAGGUGCCACCCCUCUGCAAAAACGAUUAGAAUCAGUCAGGAAGCAGACUUCAUUUAUCCCGACUCCACCUCGAAGGAAAAUUCCCCAGUGUUCACAACUUCAGGAAGAUGUUGAUCCUCAAAAGUUUGCAUUCCUUCUGCAUAAACAAUGGACUUUAUAUAGUUUAACUCCCUUAUAUAAAUUCUCCUAUACUAAUUUCAAAGAGUAUUCUAAACUUCUGAAUGCAUUUAUUGCUGCUGAAAAGCAAAAAGGACUUGCUGUGGAAGUGGGAGACGACUUCAACAUCAAAGUGAUUUUCUCUACUCUCCUGGGAAUGAAAGGAACACAGAGAGACCCUGAAGCAUUUCUUGUCCAGAUUCUGUCAAAAUCUCAAUUGCCAUCUGAGCACAGAGAAGGUAAAGUGUUGUGGACUGGUUGGUUCUGCUGUAUAUUUGGAGACAGUCUUCUGGAGACUGUUUCAGAAGAUUUCACCUGUCUACCCUUAUUCCUUGCAAAUGGUGCAGAGACUAAUACAGCCAUAAUUGGAACCUGGUUUCAGAAAACUUUUGACUGUUAUUUUCGUCCCUUAGCAAUCAAUGCGUUUAAUCUUUCUUGGAUGGCUGCUAUGUGGACUGCAUGCAAAAUGGACCAUUAUAUGGCUACUACUGAAUUUCUUUGGUCUGUACCCUGUAGCCCUCAAAGUCUGGAUAUUUCUUAUGCCAUACAUCCAGAAGAUGCAAAAGCUUUGUGGGACAGUGUUCACAAAACACCUGGGGAAGUUACCCAGGAGGAAGUUGACUUAUUCAUGGACUGCCUGUAUUCACAUUUCCAUAGACAUUUCAAAAUUCAUUUAUCAGCCACAAGAUUGGUUCGUGUUUCAACAUCUGUAGCUUCAGCACAUACUGAUGGAAAAAUAAAGAUUUUGUGUCAUAAAUACCUUAUUGGAGUGUUGGCAUAUUUGACAGAACUGGCAAUUUUUCAAAUUGAGUGAGGCCUUGUGGGGACUAUAAGUUAUGGAUUAUAUACCUUUUUCUCAUUGACUAUCUGCCUAAUUGCUAUGCUGAGGGGGACUGCAGGAGAAAUGGGCAUCUGUACAUCUGUUUUCCUCACAGUGCCUUGGAGUUACCCAGAUGAAAGCCAAGAAGGAUCUAGAAGAACAAAGAAGGUGGUAGUGGAUGAACCACAGCCAGGUGCUCGUGUAAUAUAGUCCUGGUCUUCUGGGAUGCCAGUCUGUAGAAUAUGCCGAGUUAUUAAUUUGUUGGCCAUCUUUCUAAAAAAUAUAUAAUGUUUUAUUAUGUGAAAAUUUUUAGGAUUCAAAUGAGAUACCUCUGAUAUUGAAUAUUUCUGAUUUGCAUCUUUAAAACCUUU